CAACAUUGUAAAAGGAAUUGAUUUAGAUAUGGGUAAUGCUUGCUCGGGGAACUGCAGUUUCUUUAAAUCAACAUUCUCUGACGCGAUCCUCUGCUGGGAAUAUGAUCAUGAUUUACUUCCUGAUACUAGCAACGCAGAGCCUGUCGAUGAAAACCCACCUUCUGUCGGGGAAAGGGAACCUCCAAGACCAACGGUAAUGAAAAUAAACAAUGCAAUCUUACAGCCCAAGACUAAACAUUUUAACGAAAUUUUCAAUCUGGGGAGAGUGUUUGGCGAAGGUAGCUCUGGUGCUGUGUUUCUUUGUGUUGAGAAGGCAACAAGCAGACAAUAUGCCUGCAAAGUGAUUGAGAAGGCAAACCUGACCAGAACUGAACAUGUAAAGGCUCUGGUGGGGGAAAUUCAGAUAAUGCGUCAUUUGGAAGGAAAUCCUAAUGUCGCAUCAAUACAGGACGCUUAUGAAGAUUCUGAAGCAGUAUACAUUGUUAUGGAGUUAUGUAGAGGUGGUGAGCUCUUUGAUCGGAUGAAAAAGCGGGGCCGAUGCACAGAAACUGAGGCAGCUGAGCUUAUCAGGACUAUUGUUACAGUUGUGCAGAGUUUACACUCUUCAGGGGUUAUGCAUAAAGACCUUAAGCCGGAUAAUUUUCUAUUUCUCAAUGAAGAACAAAACUCGCCUCUCAAAGUAAUAGAUUUCGGAUUGUCAACAUUUUUCAAGCCAGGUGAAAAGCUUAGUGAACCUGCUGGUACCCCAUUUUAUAUUGCACCUGAAGUUUUAAAGAAGCAUUACGGUCCUGAAGCUGACAUUUGGAGCGCUGGGGUGAUUCUUUACAUUUUGUUAAGUGGGACGCCUCCCUUUUGGGCGGAAACAAAGGAAAUGAUAUACCAAACGGUUUUACAUGAAGGUCUUGAUUUGUCAUCAGAUCCUUGGCCUGUUAUUUCAGAGAAUGCUAAGGAUUUGGUGAGAAGAAUGCUUGAUCGAAACCCCGAUACUAGGAUUACUGCAAGUGAAGCGUUGUCCCACCUUUGGUUUCGGACUAAUGGUUUACAGGCCUCGAAAGAACCAUGAUUCCUACCCUUGCAUAGAACAAUAACCUGAAGAGCCUAUAAGGAGAGAAAA